AAACACUUUCUCCGCAAAAAUAUGGGACACAACUCGGACAAGCUAUACGUGACGCACUCGGAACAUGCGGCGGGGAGCCACACUGCUUCAAGUUUUGGGAAAAGACAAGAGACGGGCAAAUCAGAGUUUCAGCGAUUACCGUUUGACUGCUGUGCGUUAUCUCUACAGCCGUUCAAGAAUCCAGUCGCUGUUAUAUCGGAAACGAAAGCAGGAGAAGCGCCGAGAGCAGAUGUCUUUGACCUUUUGAACAUUGUUCCUUAUAUCAGAAAAUUCAAGUCUAACCCGGUAACUGGUAAACCUCUGGAAACGAGCCAGUUGAUCAAACUCAACUUUUCCCGAAAUGCGGAAGGCAACCUCCAUGACCCGAUCACUUAUAAAGUCUUCUCCCCCCACAUCCACAUUGUCUUUCUCAAAAACACUGGCAAUGUAUUUGACAUGGCAUCCCUUCAGCUGCUCGCUAUCAAGCCCAAGACAUGGCGAGAUCUGGUAAACGACGAGCCGUUUAAGCGGAAGGAUAUCAUCACGAUCCAGGAUCCGGAGAACCUUGCUGCAAGGGAUUUGAGAGAGUAUGAUUAUGUGAAGAAGGAUUUAAAGGUGUCGGAGGACGAGCUGGCUGGGGAUCCGUUGAGAGGAAUCAAUGUGGAUGCAGCAGGGGGAGCUAGCAAGGUGUUAAAGAUGAUUGCUGAAAAAAACAAAUCUGGACAAUCGCCAGCACCGACACCAUCGAAAAUAGACGAUGGAAAGGGGCAGGAAAAGAAGGAGGGCGUUGUUGCGAAGCGCAAGGUUGAGCAGAUGGCUUACAAUGCAUCCAACUAUAGUUCUGGCCGAGCUGCUGCUUCGCUGACUAGUACUUCAUUGAUGCCUGAAACGAAGAGUGAACGCGCCAUGUUUGAUGAAGAAGAAUACAUGUUUGAAGAACUGUCCCGCCCGACGAAAGAUAAAGAGCGACAGAAAUCCAAAGCGUACGCGACGAUAACGACCAACUUUGGGCCGCUGAAUGUCGAACUUCAUGGGGACCGUGCGCCAAAGACGGUGUAUAAUUUUGUGCAGCUUGCGAAAGCGGGCAAGUAUGAUAACGUCGUGUUCCAUCGAUUGAUACCUGGUUUCAUGGUCCAAGGGGGCGAUCCAACCGGUACGGGGCGAGGGGGAGAGUCAUAUUGGGGUGAACCGUUUAGAGACGAGCAUGGUGAAAAGGGGGCGUACAAACACGAUUCCCGUGGUGUGCUGUCAAUGGCAAACUCUGGGCCGCGCACGAAUGGCUCUCAGUUCUUUUUCACUUUCCGCCCGACGCCGCAUUUGGACGGUAAGCAUACGGUGUUUGGCAAGCUUGUGGGCGGGGAAGAGACGUUGGACAAGAUUGAGCGGGUGAAUGUGCGGCCGGGCGGGGAUCGGCCGGUGAGGGAUAUCGUUAUUCAGGGUGUUACCGUCCUGCAAGACCCGUUUGAAGCGUACCAAGCGCGGCUGCAAGCGCGUCUGGCGCGACAAGACCAAUCGGACGCGGCGCUGAAACGGCGGGCGGAGGCGCAGAAGGAGAGGGAGAAGGACAGGACGACGUGGCUGGGUACGAAGCUGGGAGAGAAGGGCGCGGUGGGGAAGAGGAGGAUGGAGGAGGAUGUGGGGGUGGGGAAGUAUCUGAAGGUGGGGGGAGAAGCUGGACAGAGGACGACAUUGGACGUGGUGGACUAUGGGGUGGAGAAGAAGAAGAAGAAGGCGGGGGGGUUUGGCGAUUUCUCGGGGUGGUAGGAGGCGCCGGUUAAUUGUCGGGU